AGAGAGAGGUUGGCCUUGUGGUCAAUGUACGCUGAUUGCACCGUUCCGUGUAAAGGUAUUUAAUCCACACGCAAGAUAACACAAUUAUUCCUCUUAUCCUCCGUCACGCCACGAAGAUGAAAGGAGUCCUACUGUUUGUGGCAAGCAUUUACUGCGCCUUUGCUACAAAAUGUGGUCACAGGAGGGACAGCGACGGCAGUUCACGUAUCAUUGGGGGCACGGACGCUUUGCCUCAUGAGUUUCCUUGGCAAGUGUCUCUAACGGUCAGGGAGCAAAACGGCUGUGGUGCGUCUGUUGUAAAUGAGAACUGGAUCCUGACAGCUGCACAUUGCUGUAGAUAUUACCCGUAUGUUGAACUUGUGGCACUCUUUGGGAAGCACAACAUACGACAGUUAGAAGAACCACAGGAAGCGAGGACUUUUGAAAAGGUUAUUAUGCAUGACAAAUUUGCACUAACCGACAACGAAUUGCGUGUGGAGUACGACUAUUGUCUGGUUCGGUUAUCAGAACCGGUGAACUUCACGGAGUUCAUCGGUCCUGUGUGUCUACCAGAACCCGGGGAAGAUUACACCGGCGCCAUGUGCACUACAAGCGGUUGGGGUCGUGUUACGAAUGGUGGAUAUACUCCUGACAUUCUGCAGAAAGUAGAUCUACCCAUUUGGACUAACGAAGAGUGCGCGCUGGCGUACGCAGAACAUCAGCUGAAUAUUACUGAUGACAUGGUCUGUGCUGGCUAUAAAGAAGGGAGGAAGGGCACCUGUCGUGGUGACUCUGGAGGUCCAUUGGUUUGCGAAAGAGAUGAUGGAAGCUGGGUUCAAGUUGGUAUAACCUCGUGGGGAGGCGAUGAAAGAGAUCUAUGCGCUUUGCCCAACGAACCAUCUGUAUUUGCGCGCGUCAGUUAUGUUCUGGAUUGGAUUCAUUCUACGAUCCGUGAAAACAGCCUGUGAAGGAACACGUGAGUCAAGAACUUGCCAACCGCUCUAAGUCUUCAAUAAAAAGAAAUUCCAAAACA